AUGGCGGAGACUCCGGAUUACCGAUGGCUGUUCAUCGGCCUAGUGGCGCUUCUCGUGUGGUUCUCAAUGAACGAUCUAGGGGCUUCGAAUAUGCCGAAAGAAGAAUCAACCAUGGAUUUGAAGGAGAUUCCAUCACCGAAAUUCAACAAGUUCAUGGGACCAACUCGGGUCUUCGAGCAGUAUGCUGAGCUACUGCGUGAGAGGUACCCGGAUAUUCUCAUUGAAGGAGAUAAUUUUCCUCCUCCGACCCUGAAAAUGUAUCUUGCCCAAUUUCUGGGAGUAUUCAAACUGGUUCUCAUCGUCGCGAUUGUUGCGGGCGCAGAAAGCCUCUCAAUGGUCGGAAUCAGUCAGGCACCGGAAUGGUUUCAAAGUCUCACCCGUCACAAGUUAUAUUCCUGCCUUAUGGUGUUUUUUUUAUCAAAUGCGUUAGAGGGCCAAUUAAUAUCUACCGGCGCCUUCGAAGUUUGGUAUAACGAUGUUCCUUUGUGGUCUAAAAUGCAAGUCGGGAGGAUUCCAAAUCCGCCAGAAUUAUUCCAGAUACUUGAAAAUCAUCUCAGGCUACAGCAGAGAGGAUUGCAUCUGGGGGAUUCUUUUACA